GCAGCUCCAUGGCCCCCAGCCUCGCCGCCGCCGCCGCCCCCCUCCUGCUGCUCCUGCUGCUCGCCGCCCCGCCGGCCGAGCCAGCGGGAGUCUUCGAACUCCAGGUGCAUUCCUUCACCACCAGCAACCCCCAGAAAUUCUGCCGGGGACCUCCGCCCUGCCACCUCUUCUUCCGGGUCUGCCUCAAACACGCCCAGGCUGUGGUCUCCCCAGAACCCCCCUGCACCUUCGGGGCAGCCCUGAGCAAUGUCGUCCCCGCAGAUCGUCAUGCUGUGGCUGCCACUGGACUCAUCCGCAUCCCCUUCCACUUCAAGUGGCCGGGAACUUUUUCCCUCAUUAUUGAAUCCUGGAGGGCUGAAUCCGUCGGAGAGCCAUCCACAGAAGACCCCCAGAGGCUGAUCAGCCGGUUGGCGACUCGACGCCGUCUGGCGGUGGGCGAGGAGUGGUCCCAAGAUGUGCAGCUGGGCGACCAGAGUGAGCUGCGCUACUCCUACCACGUCACUUGCGACGAGCACUACUACGGGGAGAGCUGCUCCGAUUACUGCCGGCCGCGGGACGACACCUUCGGCCAUUACACCUGUGAUGAGCUGGGCCGUCGCAUCUGCCUUGCCGGAUGGCAGGGAGACUAUUGCUCGGAACCCAUCUGCCUGGCGGAGUGCAGCCGCAGCCACGGCUACUGCGAGAAGCCCGGCGAAUGCAAAUGCCGGAUCGGCUGGCAGGGCGCCUCCUGCGACGAGUGCGUGCGUUACCCGGGCUGCCUCCACGGCUCCUGCCUGCAGCCCUGGCAGUGCAAUUGCCAGGAGGGCUGGGGGGGCCUCUUCUGCAACCAGGACCUCAACUACUGCACCAAUCACCACCCCUGCCAGAACGGGGCCACCUGCACCAACACGGGCCAAGGGAGUUACACCUGCACCUGCCCGGCGGGCUUUGUGGGGAACAACUGCCAGGUGGAAGUCAACGAAUGCGACAGCGGCCCCUGCAGGAACGGAGGCAGCUGCAGCGACCUGGAGAAUGAUUACAAGUGCACCUGCCCGCAAGGUUUCUACGGCAAGACCUGCGAAAUCAGCGCCAUGACUUGUUCCGACGGGCCAUGUUUCAAUGGUGGCACCUGCACGGAGAGACUCUCAGGGGGCUACACGUGUCGCUGCCCCCUGAACUACCACGGCUCCAACUGUGAGAAGAAGAUAGACAGGUGCAGCAACAACCCUUGUUUGAAUGGUGGCCGCUGCCUGGACCUCGGCCGGAGCGCCUUCUGCAAGUGCCGCCCGGGCUUUGCCGGCUCCCGCUGCGAACUGAACAUCGACGACUGUGCGUGCAACCCCUGCGCUAACGGGGGCACCUGCAUCGACGGCCCCAACUCCUACUCCUGCUCCUGCACCCUGGGCUACGGGGGGAAGGACUGCAGCGUUCGCAUGGACGCCUGCAGCUCCAGCCCCUGCCAGAACAGCGGGACCUGCUACACUCACUUCUCCGGCCACGUCUGCGAGUGCCCCAGCGGCUUCAUGGGCUCCAACUGCGAGUUCCGCGUCCAGCUGCCCACGCCCGUCAGCAGCCCCUGGAUGGCCGAGGGGCCUUUCCCCACCGCCCUGGCCGUCUCCUUCGCUCUGGGGCUGCUGACUUUGCUGUUGGCUGCCUGCGCCAUCCUGGCGCUGCUUCGGCACAUGAGGAACGGGCCUCACCCGCUGAAAAAGCCGCGUCUGCAACGACCCUGGCGGCCGUCAACAACUUCCGAGAGCGGGAGAGCCGCCUCCUUCCGCGCGGCUGCUUUAAGGUCUCCAAUAAGGACGGCCGGUUUGAUGGCGACAGCUUCAACUGCAAGAGGAAACUCCUGGACCAGAGUUACGAGUCCAUCUGCAAGAAGCCGGACAAUAAACCGUCGGAGCUCAGCUGGCCUGUUGUGCCGGAGUGUCCGAAGGACGGUGCUUAUCACCCGAUCUACAUCAUCCCCGGCCAAGUGGAGCCCUGCGUUUACGCCACGGAGGUCUAAAGAUGAGCUACACACCAAGCCUUAGAACCUCCGUCCCCUAUUUUAUUUUCAUAUUUUUUCAGCUAAAGGAAUGUUUACAGAUUGCGCACACUGCCAAGACCCCUGUGGCCGCCGCGCUAAUGAUUAUUUUUGAAAUCCCUAUAGUAUUAUAAGAAAGACUCCUUUUUAAAGGAAGAUAUUUAAUAUUUAUUCUUGCUGCUAUUUUUAUCGUUAUUGUUAAUAUUAUUAUUAUUAUUAUUAUUAUUAUUAUUAUUAUUAUUGGCAUGGAGAACAAGAGACAGAAGUGUUGGAUCUGACCAGAACGGAAAUGACCAAGAGAUUGGAAAAAAAAAUGCAAACGGAAAAGCCGGGUUUCAAAGAAAUUUGUCUUUUUUUGGGGUGGGGGGGCAAAAGAAGAGAAGCUGAUUUGGGAAAGGAAGGAAGAUGGGAGAGAAAGAAAACUGCACUCGGAUUAUCUUAACGGGAAUAAAAGGCCGGUCCUUUCCCUAUAUAAGUGCUGGAACUGAUGUCAUUUUUUUGGUGAAAGUUCCUUUUUUUGCCCCCCCCCCCAAUGGGGUCAGUUUGGUGGGAUUUUUCCUGGAAAAAAAGAAAAAUGUUAGCCAGGAUAGGAAGCUGUAGGUAUUGGCAUCAGAUUCCCGCUCUGCUUUUCAUCCAAAUCAUCCAAUUUCAUUUCAUUUCACUUAUUAAAUUUAUAGGCCACCCAAUCCCGGAGGUCUCCAGGUGGCUUAUAAUGAA